UAGCCACGCCUCAGAGCCUGUUUGGCAGGAAGUAAAUGACAGGUAAGGAAACAAAGGUUCUGCCAACAGCGACACAGGGAAAGCUUUCAUUAACAACAAUAUCCCAGUUUGUUAAAACAGCGAGGAACAUCACAUGCAGCUCUGAGAACCACCAUGUCUGCUUCAUUGCUCUUCAUCAGCUGGGUUCUACUGUCAGAAACCGUCCUCUGUUGGUCUCAAUUUCAUGAAGCAUUUGUAGCUGAAGCUGGACGGACGGCCACUCUGCCAUGUCGACAUCCCUUUAAUGACAGCGUCUUAGUAGUGGAGUGGAGCAGAAGUGAUCUGGGAGAGGAAUACGUGCUUCUCUAUCGAGAUGAGCAGAUUGAUGAAUCCAAUCAGAGUCCUUCUUACUUGGACCGGGUGGACCUGCAGGACAGACUCAUGGAGAAUGGAGAUGUGUCUUUGGUUCUGGAAGACACCAGGACUUAUGAUUCUGGAACAUAUCAGUGUAGCGUGGUCCACAGGAGUCUCGGUGAAGAUGAAGAAAGUGUAAUCUGCACCAUCCAGCUGGAUGUCAGUCCUUCUUCUCCUCCUCUUCUUCCACCAGGGGAUGAAAACGAAGAUGAUGAAUAUGAAGCAAAUGAUGGAGGAAACAAGGUCGCAGGGAUCCCGUUUAAAGAAACUGUGGAAGGAGCAAAGGAAGGAACUAUCGUUCUGCUUGUUUUCUUUAUGAUAGUUUUUGUUAUUGCAACUUUUCAGAUAUAUAAAAGAAAGGUGAGGCUUCACAUAAGACUGUAGUCAUUUCACAACGAGAUACGGUGAAAAUCUGGAGCCAGUCCAGAGUAGGUGUUACUUUUCAGUCUCCGGGGCUUAAAAAGAAACUAGUCAGGAACAUGUCACCAGGUUCUUCUAGCAUUUCUUCAAUACUGGAUUCUUGUUCCGUCCAUCUAUAUACUGCUGCAUUUCAAUUACAGUGUGUCAGAUGUGUGUGCGUACCUGUCUAGCCCUCCGAAUGAGGACCAAUUAAUGCAAAGUUAGGACAUUUUGCAGGUUCUCACAUGCUAUUUUGCUAAUGGUAAGGUUUAGGGCUAAGGUGUCAUUGGGUUUAGGGUGAUUUAUGCAUCGGUAAUGAAAGAAACUCAUGGUUCCUUGUUUCUCUGGCCUUGGUUUAUGGCUGUAAGCAGAAAGUCUGUCCUCGUACCAAAUCCUCAGCCUCUGAAGGACAUCAUCCACCACAGUGGUCAGAUUUAUGUUGGAAAACGGCUGUUAUCUCUGAUGAAAUGACAAAACUGCACCUGGUUGGUGACAGAGGGACCUACUACCACAUUUUAUUUAGUGGUUUGAGAAUAAUCCUUAUUUAUGACUUUAAACAGUUUUUUUUCUGUAGCAUUUUAAUUCUGUAUGAGGAUUUUAUAGUGCUGCUCAGUGUAGCAGUGGGUCGCACUGCUGCCUUGCAGCAAGAAGGUUCCGGGUUCCAGGGUCCCGGCCCGGGUCUUUCUGCACGGAGUUAGCAUGUUCUCACUGAGCAUGCGUGGGUUCUCUCUGGGUACUCCGGCUUCCUCCCACAGUCCAAAAACAUGAAUGUUAGGUUAAAUGGCUUCUCUAGAUUCUCCUUAGAUGUGAGUGUGUGUGUGAAUGGUUGUUUGUCAUGUUUGUCUCUGGGAUGCCCUGCGAUGGACUGGCUACCUGCCGAGGGUGUACCCCGCCUCUCGCCCGUAGACAGCUGGAGAUAGGCUCCAGACCCCCUCACGACCCUUAUUGGGACAAGCGUGUCAGAUAAUGGAUGGACUUUAUAGUAACUUUAAAGUUAUGCAACAUUUUGCUGGUCAGUGACAUAAAAUUCAUUAAAGUUUGUUAAAAGGGAAA